GUCGGUAGGUGGCGGGUGGUGGUGCCCGGUCCCGACAGCGAGCGGAGCCCCCGGCCUGGCCCGACCCGGCCCCAUUCGCGGCCCCGACGUGAGGAGAGCCGCGCUCUCGCCUGCCGGUGUCUCGUCUCCCUACCCCGGGGCGGCGGAGGCAGCAGCGCCCCCCUCCCGGCCCGGCCCCCUCCUCCCGCCGCCCCCCUCGCCCCUGCCGGGCCGCGGAGCUGCGAUGCCCUCGGACUUCAUCUCUCUGCUCAGCGCCGACCUCGACCUCGAGUCCCCCAAGUCCCUCUACUCCAAGGAAUCUGUCUAUGACCUUCUCCCAAAGGAGCUGCAGUUACCACCUUCCAGAGAAACAUCUGUAGCAUCCAUGAGCCAAACAAGUGGUGGCGAGGCAGGUUCGCCGCCUCCAGCUGUAGUUGCUGCUGAUGCUUCUUCAGCUCCUUCCUCUUCCUCCAUGGGCGGUGCUUGCAGCUCCUUUACCACCUCUUCCAGUCCUACCAUUUACUCUACCUCAGUCACCGACAGCAAGGCUAUGCAAGUGGAGAGCUGCUCCUCAGCCGUGGGGGUAAGUACCAGAGGGGUAAGUGAAAAGCAGUUAACCAGUAACGCAGUCCAGCAGCAGCAGUCAACGCCGAAGAGACACACAGUCCUGUACAUCUCGCCACCACCUGAGGACUUGCUGGACAACAGUUGGAUGUCCUGCCAAGAUGAGGGGUGUGGAUUGGAGUCAGAACAGAGCUGCAGUAUGUGGAUGGAGGAUUCACCCUCCAACUUCAGUAACAUGAGUACAAGUUCCUACAAUGAUAACACUGAGGUGCCACGUAAAUCACGCAAACGCAAUCCAAAGCAGAGGCCAGGGAUCAAACGUCGAGAUUGUGAAGAGUCCAACAUGGAUAUAUUUGAUGCCGACAGCGCCAAAGCGCCUCACUAUGUCCUUUCUCAGCUCAGCACGGACAGCAAAGGCAACUCAAAAGCAGGAAAUGGAGCAUCAGAGAACCAGAAAGGAGCUGGAGGGAAGAAGACCCCAAUGUUGUGUGGUCAGUAUCCGACUAAGAGUGAAGGGAAGGAGCUGAAGAUCGUGGUACAGCCAGAAACCCAACACAGGGCUCGUUACCUGACUGAAGGCAGCCGAGGCUCAGUGAAAGACCGGACACAGCAAGGCUUUCCAACAGUCAAGCUGGAAGGUCACAAUGAGCCGGUGGUGCUGCAGGUAUUUGUGGGUAAUGACUCUGGUCGAGUGAAGCCACAUGGGUUCUACCAGGCCUGCAGAGUUACUGGGAGAAACACUACCCCCUGUAAGGAAGUGGAUAUAGAGGGAACUACUGUUAUUGAGGUUGGACUGGAUCCAAGCAACAAUAUGACACUUGCGGUUGAUUGUGUGGGAAUACUGAAGCUAAGAAAUGCUGAUGUUGAAGCUAGGAUAGGGAUUGCUGGCUCGAAGAAAAAAAGCACACGUGCUAGGCUGGUAUUUCGUGUUAACAUCACUCGCAAAGAUGGUUCAACUUUGACUCUUCAGACACCCUCUUGCCCGAUUUUGUGCACUCAACCAGCAGGAGUUCCAGAGAUCCUAAAGAAAAGUCUGCACAGUUGUUCAGUGAAGGGUGAAGAGGAAGUUUUUCUGAUUGGCAAGAACUUUCUAAAGGGAACAAAAGUGAUUUUCCAAGAGAACAUUUCUGAUGACAAUUCAUGGAAGGCAGAGGCUGAAAUAGACAUGGAAUUAUUUCAUCAGAAUCAUCUUAUUGUGAAGGUGCCCCCAUAUCAUGACCAGCAAAUAACCUCAGCUGUUUCUGUGGGAAUAUAUGUUGUGACCAACGCUGGAAGAUCACGUGAUGUGCAGCCAUUUACAUACACUCCAGAUACAUCUGGUACUCUGAAUGUUGAUGUGAAAAAGGAAAUCUCCAGCCCAGCCCAACAUUGUUCUUUUGAGGAGGCUAUAAAAGCAGUGAAAGCCACUGGUUGCAACCUGGAGAAGGUCAACAUUCUUCCUAGUGCCUUGAUAACUCCGCUUAUGCCAACCAGUAUGAUUAAGAAUGAAGAUGUGGCUCCAAUGGAAGUAAGUGCAGAAAAAAGAUCUCCCCCUGUCUUCAAGGCUUCAAGUGUGGUUGGACCAACUCAACAAACAUUGGAAAACAGUAUGUCUGGCAUAUCAACUUCUGCUUCCCAUUUACCUUCUGAAAAUGAAAACCAGCAACAAAUACAGCCGAAGGUGUAUAGUCCAGAGACACUAACUACUAUCCAAACACAGGACAUUUCCCAGCCUGGUAGCUUUUCAGCAGUCUCAACUCCAGGUCAGCUGCAGAACAGUGAUGCAUUAUUGCAGCAAGCUGCACAGUUCCAAACAAGAGAUGCCCAAGCCAGGGAAGUCUUGCAGUCAGAUGGCACGGUAGUCACUUUGUCACAGUUAGCUGAUCCAUCACAACAACAACAGUCUGCACUCUCAGAACCAGCACAGGCAUUGCAGCAACAGAUUUCAUCAAGUAUUUUCUCAUCAGCAAGUGGUGUGAGUCAGUUACAGAACACUAUCCAGCAACUGCAAGCUGGAAAUUUUCCAACAAACACUGCCACUGGCAGCAACAGAAAUGUUGACUUGGUGCAGCAGGUAUUGGAAGCUCAACAGCAAUUAUCUUCUGUUUUAUUUUCUGGUUCAGACAGCAGUGAGGAUGUUCAAGAUCAGCUAAAUGCCGAUAUCUUUCAGCAAGUUAGCCAGAUACAAAAUAGUGUAAAUCCUGGCAUAUUUUCCUCAUCAGACACAGCUGUCCAUUCCAGACCAGAGAACCUUUUGCCUGGACGAGCUGAAAACGUUCACUCACAGCCUGAAAAUGCAUUGUCCAGUCAACAGCAACAACAACAGCAGCAGCAGCAGCAGGCUAUGGAGACUUCUGCAGCAAUGGUGAUAGGAAUCCAACAAAACAUUUGCCAGGCUGCCACACAGAUGCAGUCUGAUUUGUUCUCCUCCACAACAUCAGGGAAUGGAGCCCUGCAACAGUCACCUGUUUACCAGCAGCCUUCCCACAUAAUGAGUGGGUUAUCAACAAGUGAAGACAUGCAAAUGCAGUGUGAAUUGUUCUCUUCAUCUCCUGGUGUUUCUGGAAGUGAGACUACUCCUGCUGCUCAGCAACAGGUCUCCAACAAUGGACCUGCUAUGUUUCAGACCUCAAAUUCUGCAGAUGGAGAAGAAGCCUCAGGACAGAAUAAACAGAUGCAAAGCACCGUAUUUCAGACCAUGGUUCAAAUGCAGCAUAGUGGAGAAAGUCAAUCUCAAGUUAAUCUCUUUUCAUCUACUAAAAACAUGAUGGCUGUUCAGGCAAGUGGAACUCAACAACAAGGAAGUGGGCUGUUCCAGCAGGGCGGAGAAAUCAUGUCUAUUCAGUCAGGAAGCUUUAUGCAGCAGUCUCCACAUUCACAAGCUCAGCUUUUUCACUCUCAGAAUCCUAUUGGUGAUACUCAGAAUAUAUCACAAGAAACACAAGGCUCUAUUUUCCACAGUCCAAAUUCCAUUGUCCACAACCAGACCAGUGCCAAUUCCUCAGACCAACUGCAGCCUCCAAUGUUCCACUCACAGAACACCAUGGGUGUAUUGCAGAGUUCUUCAGUUCCUCAAGACCAGCAGUCAGCCAACAUGUUCCUUUCCCAGAGUUCAAUGAGCAAUGCUGCAACUCAGGAAGACCAGAUGUCAUUCUUUACAAGCCCAAAUUCCAUUUCUCCUCUUCAGACAGCAACAAACACUGAACAGCAGACUUCUUUCCAGCAGCAGACACAGAUAUCUCAUAUCCAGAGUACUAUGCUUCCCCAGGAACAGGCCCAGACUCAGCCUGCUCAGCAAGGUUUGUUUCAGUCUCAAGUGUCACUAGGCUCCAUGCAGUCCAGCUCAAUUCCUCAGAACCAGCAAGGAGCUAUCUUCCAGCCUCAGCAUUCAAUAGUUGCUAUUCAGAGUAGUCCUCCAUCCCAAGAACAGCAGCAACAACAACAGCAGAAUAUGAUGUUCAGUAAUCAAAAUGCAAUGAGUACAAUUGCUUCUCAAAAGCAGAACAUGAUUUUCAAUCCAAACCAAAACCCGGUUACCAAUCAGGAUCAACAAGGCCAGUCCAUUUUCCAUCCACAGACUAACAUGGCGUCAAUGAACCAGGAGCAGCAGCCCAUGCAAUUCCAGAGUCAGAGUACCGUAUCUUCUCUUCAGACUCCUGGAUCCAGCCAGGCUGAAGCACAGCAGCCAACCAUCUUCCAUAAUUCACCCCAGAUUCAGUUGGUCCAAGGAUCACCAAGUUCUCAAGAGCAACAAGUCACCCUCUUCAUCUCUUCAGCUUCCAUGUCUGCCUUGCAGAAUACUAUGAGCCAGCAAGAGCUGCAGCAGUCUCCUAUGUAUUCGUCUCAAAACAGCAUGGCAGGAAUGCAGGGAACUGCUUCUCCUCCACAGCAACAAGCUUCUUUAUUCCACAAUGCAGCAGGAGGUGCUAUCAAUCAGCUGCAGAAUUCUCCUGCUUCAUCUCAGCAAACAUCAGGAAUAUUCCUGUUUGGCAUUCAAAACAACUGUGGCCAGCUGCUGACUUCUGGACCAGCGACAUUGCCCAAUGAGUUGAUGGCUAUAAGUCAGCCAGGUCAGCCACAGAGCGAGGGACAAGCAGCCGUGCCAACGCUUCUUUCCCAGCAGAUGCCUGAGACAUCUCCACUACCUUCAGCUAUGGCAGCCAACCAGAAUAUUGAGAAAAUAGAUGAUCUGCUCGUGUCAUUGCAAAACCAGGGGAACAAUAUGGCUGGCUCCUUUUAACUGGUAAAUAAGUGAUGUGUUUGGGUUUCUGGGCUCUUUGUUGCCACACAGGCUUUUGUUCAGUAAGUCUUUACUUUGAAAUGUAUCACCAUGCCUUAUGAAAUGUAUCACCAGCUAAAAUACCAGUUAAGAUGAAUUAAGAAUAUAGUACUGGUGGCUAAAAUGAAGGGUUAAUUUAUAACAGUCAGAGGUCAGGACUUAGAUUGAAAUAGAUGGUUGAGAUUGGUUAUCAUUGUUCAGUUGCUGUAUGUUUUGUCAUCUGCUGUUAGGGUGUAAUACUUUAUUAGGUAGGAAGGAGAGCAGAUCACUGACAUCUUGUCAGAUAAAAGUGUUAUGAAAUACAACCAUAGUUAAAAACUUAAGGCUUAUUGAAUAAAUAACAGCUCAAGUCUGUACUAUUCUGAAGUUGCUCCCCGGGUUCCAGUAACAUAUGUGAAAACAAGUUUUGGUAGAACAUAGCAUCUCUUGAGAGUGCACAGCAUGCUGAGUCUUUGUGAAAACGCCAUCAGCUGUUACUAGGAAACAGUCCGCUUUUAGAAGGUGCCUUUUUCAGAGAGGUGAAAGAGGCUUUGACUACAAAUGAGUACCAAGAACCAGGACGUCUCUGGAAUAUAGUAUCGUCCACAGUGUGUAACUUGGCUCUAGUUAACUGUGUGACUGUCCUAAAUUCCCUGUAAGUUUUGCUUAAGCAAUACACUUCAUUUUCUAAUCUGAAUUGUUUUGUAUACGAAGUUACAAACUGUGGAAGGCAAGUAAUGCUACCCUGUGAAAGAGUGCUGCAUUCUGUUAGUUAUAUGUCUGCUGGUGAACAGCACUUCCAAUAUGAAGAAACUAAACUGAAUUAAGGGUAUGGCUUUUGUUAUUUUUUAACUGUUUUGCUUGCUUGUUUUUUCCUGCAGAAAUUCUGUGAAGAAAAAAGUGAUGAUUUUGCAGAUCCUCUCAGACCUUCCAGCUCUGGAUUAGUUUGUGUGGAACUGAUUGCUUUUGUCAAAGAGUAGCCCGCCUUUUUAAAGAGCACACACAUGGCCAAUUGCAGCAUCUAGCACCUAAGGCUAUGACCAUAGUGUUUGGGAUUUGUAGUGCCAAUAAUGCUGAAAAGCUAUGCUUUGUUUUACUAGGGCAUGGGAUUGUACUAUUACCAGAUUCCUAAACCUCAUUAACAGUGGGGUGCUCUUUGAAUUUAAAGCAUAUCUGAUCAGCUAUUAUUGCUGGUAGAAGGUAACACAUGUCACCACGUUUACUAUUGUUUCCUCUUCUUCCUUCUUUACAUCUCCUCUUUUGACUAGGAAAGCUUGUGAAGCAGAAACGUCAAAUGCCUGUGCCAUGAACCACAACUCAUAGCUGUCAGUCAGCGAAGGGGAUCAUGUUUUAGAGUUGUGUGGGAGAGCUAAUAACUGCAAUUUGCUAAUUGCAGUAGGCAGCAAUGACAAAUAUUGAUAACUGUAAUCAGCAAGCGGAGAAAUUGUUCGCUUCUGUAGAUAGCCAGAGGGGGGUGCUUUCCAUCUGCAGAUGCGAUUAACGGUUCUCCAUGCCUCUUAUGUGUAACUUGUACAUGGAGCAAGGGUUUGAUGGCUCUAACAAAAUGAAGGAAUGAAGAACUUUCAGUUUUGCUCUUAAAAUCUUAUCCUCUCAAAUACCUUGCAAAGAGCAUUCUGCCUGGCUGAGGAAAGAACUCUGUUUCUGACGGGGUGGGUUAGAACUCUGUAAAGCUGCAUUAACUAUUCUCAGACCAGUCUUCUCCCUUCUGUUCUUUUCAUGGUUUUCCUUCUCUCUUCCCAAGUUUCAUAUUGUGUUUUAAAAAAAGACGUAAAUAUCCUACUGGUUUUAAAUACCAGAAGUGGCUUUUAGGAAUCCAUUACAUUAAAUUGCUUAGUCAGCGAAAGCUUUGACAAAUAAUCAAGGAUUAAAGAGAGAGGAAUUUCUCCACCACCUUCUAAAUGCAGAAGCCCCCCUUAACCAGGGUUUUUCCAGCUGUUAUUGAUGUGAAUCUUCAGCUUGACUUUACUCCAAGUAGGGGACAAAUUACAUCAUUUUUAAGCAUUCUGGAAAAUUUCACUUCAUCCAGAGCUGUUGCAUCUUUGUAGUAUAUUGAGCUCAAUGCAGUUUUGAAGUGAUUUUUUUUUUUUCCCACCUACCAGCAGUCCCCCAAGUCUAGUUUCUAGAUUGUCAUGUUUCAAUUUAGAAAGAAAGCAUUGACGGAUGUUACAGAAUGUAAGAAAAACCCACUUCAGACCAUGCAGUUUUAUUGUGAGGCGUGUGCAUUUUUUGGGUGCUCCAACUAUCCAAACAGUUUUGUGAAUGUUCACUACAGCCUCAUUCAGAUCUUUGUUUCUUCUUCAGCACGUAGAAAGCUGUUGCUGCCUUUAGAGCCAGACAGCUGUCAUGUAUGGCGAUUAUGCCUUGGUAGAGUGUAGUUGGGAUCAUGUCAUUUUACACUUUUGUUACUUUAAAUAACAAAGACUAGUCUGUAAAUGGUUUUUUAAGUUAGUCUGUUUACUGUGUGUUUUUUCCCUUAACUCGUGUGCUUAGUUGAGCCAUGUAGAGUUUUUGUUUGUUUAAUGGAUUUUCCCGUUUGUCAGUCUCUCCUACCGUUCACUUUCUCUUUCUGUCUCUCUCUUUCUCUCUCUCAUUGAGAGGCAUUGAAUUACGUUUUCAGUAGUAAGGCUUCUUGCCGAUAUGAAGGGAACUUUUCAGAAAGAGACCUGCUCUGGGUCAUUUAAUUUUGAAUACAGUUUUCAAUCGUUCAAGUUUUGGAUGGUUUAUAUCUAAUGUGUGUUUCAUUUUUUUGGAAAGCUAUAUUUUGUAUUUAGGAAAUGGUAUACUAUUUUGCUAUUUGUACUGAGUGAGUACAUUGGCAUAAAUAUAAAAAUUUAUAUAUAUACAUAUAUAUAAAAUAUUCUUUUUGCCACACA